AUGUCGCGGGUAGCGAUACGCGAUCGAGAUGAUGUUAGUCUGCGACGGCGCCGCGAGUACAAGCAGCAGCUGAUGCGCGACGUGGAGGAGAAGAUCCGGUUUUACCCUCCCAGCAUUAAGAAGCAGGUGUUCUUUCCAAUCAUGACGAACUCCACCCGCGUAGCCCUCUUCCGCGGCAACCGCGAAUACGGGAUCCGCACGUCGACUCGCGUCUUUAGCAUGCUCCUGGAGCAACUCUGCAAAAGAGAGCAUCGAGAGCUCAUCCUAGAGAAGCUGACGGAGCUUGGGCUCGAGCCCCCCACCGCAGAGGACUGGGAGCACUUCACCGAUCCGGUGACGGGGGACAUUACAACGGGGAUGAUGUACUCCAAGUGGGUCGAUUCGAUUUUGACGACGUAUGGACGGAUGUCGUUCACGAACUCGCAGCAUCUGCUCGCCGCUGGAGCGACCACGCUGUUUGCGUACGUCAUCCGAAACUACCUCGACCGCGCCCUGGUGCCGCCGCUGGAGGACUGGUCGCGCCAAUUCGGCCCUGUCGUCGCCGAGGAAUUUGUGGGACGACCGCGCGGUCAGCAGAAGGUGCGUCUUGCCUUGUCCGAGGCAUUGUACGAGGUGCGCGUGUGGGGGCGCACACAUGCGCAGGAGGCUGUCUCGCGCCUCUCGCUGCAAGAGCAAGCUGACCUCGUGAAGUGGGUGGAGGGGAACAUUAAGACCCACAUCGCGGAGAUGGAGAGAAAGCACGCCUUCACGGCUAAGAUACUCGCAGUGAUGCACAGCCUGCCGGAGGCCAAGGCGAUCCACAACUCGUUCUGGGCCUUUAAGGAGUCGAAGCGACUGGAGCACGUGGUGAAAAUGAAGGGAGCCUUUUUUCCGCUGCACCACGACGUGCAUAGGCAGUGGUCUCAGCUGUCGAAGGAGGAGAAGGCGCGAUACUCGUGCUUUGGUCGAAAGCGUGAGACGGAGACGGCGUGUGGACGCAAGCUCUUCAUUCGUUACUGUUGCCGUGACUACGGCUUUAGCUUGACCGAUGCGUCGCAGCGCUACGCCAGCCUGGGCGAUCUGCAAAAGGCGGCGCUGGAGUUCCCCUUCUACUUUCCGCUCACCCCAGGCAACGCCGCCACGGCGGCGUUUCAACGCUUCUACUGGGUGAUGUGCGAGCGAUACGGCAUGGUGCGCACCUACAGCAGCGGCAUCGGCAAUCGGCUCUUCAAGAUUGCCAUGCGCCAGAAAUGGGAUGCCCUAUCCAUGGAAGAGCGACAACAGUACGAGGAGCAUGACCGAAUUUAUGCGGCGUUCCCGCUUCAGCCGACCACGUCCGAGGCAACCGCAUCGGGCUCCGGAAAAUCGUCCUCAUCAGAGUCGCUGCCAGCGAGUACGGCGCCGUCGGCGGCGACACGGCGCAGCGAGUGCGUAACCACGCGAUGGGGCACACCGACCAAGGGUUCGACGGCAUCGAGGUCGCAGGUAAGAGCUGGACUUCAGUACUUUGUGGAGGAGCGGCCACCGUCGUUGAAGGUGGACGACACCGCGAUCACUGCAGAGGAGUUGCUCAUGAACCUUCGAGAAGCUGCGUACGGCGCACGCAGCACUGAGGCCAAGGCGAAAGUGGCGGCGACGGCCGCUCACCCUAAGGCAACCCCAUCUGUGGCGGAGACGGGGGCGGCGACGGCCAACGAACAGCUGCAGUCGGGGCAGCCAAAAGAAGUGGCUGACACGCAAGACGUCGAGGUGCCCGUGGCCGCGUCGAGGGGAGGCCGUGUACGCUCCAAGACUCCGGGUUCUACCCACGGCAAAGGGUCCACAAGGACGCGGCAGCCGGCACUCCAAGUUGUCGUGAUUUGA